AUGCCAUCUAAUUCUUGGUGGCCCUCGUCUUCGGAUGACGAAGAGGAGAUGUUUUUCGCAAACGCUGUGCUACGGGCGGGGCAGAUUCUUAUUGAAGAGGAAGAGGAAGACGUCUCGUCUGAAAACGUUAUUACCAGACGAAUACGGAUUAACAGAGACCGCCAAGGAGCGCACGAGGAAUUGGUGAACGAUUAUUUUUCGGAUGAACCACUUUACAAUGACGAGAUUUUCAGACGCAGGUUCCGAAUGAGUCGCCGGUUAUUCACACGGAUUGCUAAUGAUUUGGCGGGGCUAGACCCGUUUUUCACGCAACGACCUGAUGCUCGAAAUUAUGAAGGGUUCACCACGUUACAAAAGUGUAUUGCGGCCAUUCGCCAACUGGCGUACGGGACAGUGGCCGACGCUUUGGACGAGUACUUACAAAUGUCGGCAAGAACUACGCGGGAAUGCUUAUAUCGGUUUUGCCAGAAUGUGGUGAAACUGUAUAGCAAAAAAUAUUUGCGUAAACCAAACUCGUAUGAUGUUCAGUAG